AUGGAGGCCGGGCAGGGUCCCGGCGGCGCGGCGGCGGGGAGGUUGGCGCGAGGGACCGCGUUCGCCCGGCGGCGCCGCCUGUGGGGAAACCGCGAGAGCUGUGUGGGAGCCCGGUGGGGCUCGGGGUUGUUCCUGCCGAGGCUGAGGCGGCAGGCUCGGGGCCUGCACACACCCUCUGCGGGCUGGGGAGGGGGGAUUCCUGUCAGCCUUUCGCCCGCCCCUGCCGUGAGCUCCCUGGCGGCCUGCGGAGGCGCGGGGACGGUGCCCUUGAGGCCUUUCCGGCGGCCUUUCGCGGGGGGCGGGGAGGGGGACACGGUCCCGAGGGAACUACCUAAGCCUUAUGUGCCGACAGAGGAGGAAAGAAGACUUCUCAAGGAAUGUGCUGAAGAGAGUGCCCGGUAUAGAGCUUUUCCUUUGGCUGCAGCGAGCAUGCUUGCAACUAGUUUCUUAAUUAGGAAAGGUGUUCUAAGAGAUAGCUCAAGAUUUGGCUCUUUUACGAAAGUUGCGUUUGCUGGAAUGUGUGGAUACCUGGCUGGAAAGAUAUCCUACUUGCCAAUCUGUAGCGAGAAAUUUAAGAAACUGAAGGAUUCCCCAAUAGGAGAUGUUCUACGACAAGCUCAGAGACAUAGUUCACAUAACCGUUCCAGUCGGAAAUCUGAAUUUUCAGACAUGCCUUCUCAGUCAUUUACUGAAUCUUCUUCUCCCAGAGCUGGAUUCUCGCUUUCUUCUAGCUAUUCAGAUGAUUAUAGUUCAACAGAUAGAGCCCUCUCAAGUUAUGAACCCGUUCCAUUCAGUGCUUCCCUGAAUGAAUCUUCACCUACAGGAAUUACUGAUUACACUGUUCAAGAUCCUGCUCCAAUUCCAGAAGAAAGUCGUAAAAAAAAAGGCAUCACAUACGAGGAAUUAAGGAAUAAACACAGAGAGACAUAUGAGGUAAUGCUACCACCAAAGGCAGAAACUCCAAGCAAGUUCUCACAGGAAAAACCAGUUAAGGAAGUUAAAGUAAAUAAAUACGGAGAUACCUGGGAUGAGUAAGAGCUGAAUGAAGAGCUGAAGAAAAUUAUCUCCUGUCAGCUAACUUGAACUUCAUCUAGAUUAGUCAUGAGUAUCGGCACCUUUGGUGUGUUCUGCUAGGCACAGCUAUUAAUAAAUGAGGAGAAAAUCCUGACUUGCCAGAAGAUUUAAAAAAAAAAAAAGUAUUUAGGCUUAAUUGUUUUUAAUGUUGCAUAAAUGGCAAGCGAGGCUAUUGUGACGUGUCAUGACCAUAAACCAUUUGUGCUAUUGUUUAAGAAUGAAAAAGGUAACUGGCAAUAACUAAUACAAAUGUAUAGCAAAAGGUAAAAAUAUAUGUAAAUAAAUGCAAUCACAUGUAUUGGGAAGGGAAAAAUACCAGAAUCUUCUCAAAUUUUCAAGACUUGCAUUAAAAGUUACCUGUAGAACUAA